AUUUUAGAACUAGUGGUGGACGCGAGACUGACUGGAACACGAUUUGUGGAUUUUUCUUGCUUUGCUCGCUUAACGUUAUUGACUGCACUAUCAGUCCCCCGGAGGACCACGUCGCCUUUGCUAAUUAGGAGACGCUAUUCUUUCAGCCGGACAGGGGUCCAGACCAUGACUGAGUACAAACUGGUGGUGGUGGGAGCAGGAGGUGUGGGCAAGAGCGCUCUCACCAUCCAGCUCAUCCAGAACCACUUUGUGGACGAAUACGACCCCACCAUCGAGGACUCGUACAGGAAGCAGGUGGUGAUCGACGGGGAGACGUGCCUGCUGGACAUCCUGGACACGGCGGGUCAAGAGGAGUACAGCGCCAUGCGGGACCAGUACAUGAGGACCGGCGAGGGCUUCCUCUGCGUCUUCGCCAUCAACAACACCAAGUCGUUCGAGGACAUACACCAGUACAGGGAACAGAUCAAGCGGGUGAAGGACUCUGACGACGUGCCCAUGGUGCUGGUGGGUAAUAAGUGUGACCUCCCAGCGCGGACGGUGGACACGCGGCAGGCCCAGGACCUCGCCCGCAGCUACGGGAUCCCCUACAUCGAGACCUCGGCCAAAACCCGGCAGGGCGUUGAGGAUGCCUUCUACACCCUGGUCCGCGAGAUCCGACAGCACAAGCUGCGCAAGCUGAACCCGCCCGACGACAGCGGCCAGGACUGCCUGCGGUGCCGCUGUGUGGUGUCCUGACCCAGCACACAGACCCGGACCCAGGACAGUCUUACGGAGAGGAGCAGCAGGAUGGACUGGAAGAGGGACAGCCAACAACAGCAAAAUAGGGACGAGCGAAAAGCCCAGGCCUCAGGCCCCCCCUGGGACACUGCAGGGAGGGGCUCCAUGCUUGUGUCUACAUGUCCCCAGUUUAAGUCCAAGUCUACCAGAUGCACACCACUAAUGACUUUUAUCAUGAAAAAAACACACAAAAAGACUUUCCCUUCCUGUGUGCUAACACUGGACUAUUAUUAUUAUUGUUGUUAUUAUUAUAAAUCUUAACCUAAGUUAUUGUUUUACGGUCUUCACACUGGUCUUACAUGGACAGUGCCGCCCAGUGGUCCUCUUCCUCACUACACCUUUGCUCACAGGACUCCAUUACCCAGAGGCCCCUCCAAAAGGAGGCCUUGGACACACGCCCCACCCCACGGCAGUGGCCCAAUGGAACAGUGCUGUGAAAUUUUCAUGCUGCGCAGAAUAAGCCGGAGCAGUUUUGGGAUUUGUUGUUUUUUAAGAAAAAUAACUUAUUUUAUUUUGAUUCCUCCUUGUUUAAAGAAUAAACGGCUGGCCACCGUUUUGGCGUAGAUGUGGGCGGGGCAACGAGUUAAUCCUAUCCAGUGCAAGGUUUUUCUCUGGCAGUAACGGUUAUUUCAGUUAUUGAUAUUGUUGGCUCUCGUGCAAUAGCGCGCUUUCCUGCCUGAAUCGGGUGAAGUACUGUGAAAGGAAGAACUAGCUGUGAUUCCUGUUCAUUUACAGACUGCUGCAUUGGUGUGCUGAAGGGAUGAUGUAUCCUUACUUAAUAUCUGCAUAUCCACGCGUAUGUUGGGUCUACUCUCCGUUUACCAGACGGUGGGUUCUCAUAGUAUUGUUUGGGUCCUCCCCCUUUGUUCGCUGUAUAGCUUUAUUUAUAGGAUCGGGGUGUGCUGAGAAUGGUGGCUUUCUUGAUUUAGAUUUUUGUAGAAAGAGUUUCUCGGUUUCAUUCUGGCUGUAUUCAGCGUGUAAACGGGGUGUGGCGAGCGGACAUUUUCAGAUGAUUUUAUUUUUCUUGCGCACGUUUUUGUGGGUUUUACUGAUCGCGUCCCUGCCCUCGUUGCUUAGCGUAGCAUGUGCUUUAAAGCGUUGGGGGAUAUCACUGCUGCUUGGGUCUCGAGUGCUGUGCCUCCCAUCCCAGUAAAUCCUCUGGAUCCUCAGUCCACAUCCUCUUCCUUCCCACUGCCAGAAAGAAGAAAUCUUAAAAGGAAUUUUAAAAAUCAAAGAAACUGUGGUUGACAGGGAGGUGGAAUAGUUAAUUUUACGAUGACAUGCUGUUUGGGUAAAAAUGUGUAACGCUAAUUGCUUUUCCCUGCGUCUCCACAGAAUGACAUGGCAGGUUUUCUUUCAGCUGUUCCCUGGGGCUAGUGCUGAGGCUAGUGCCGGGGCUAGCACUGGGGCUAGUGCCGGGGCUAGCACUGGGGCUAACGCUGAGGCUCCCGCAUAGAUGGCCUUAUUGCUCUGCUACAUCAUUAAGCCUCAUUUAUUAGUUCCUUACAACUGCCUGUCAAACUCCUGCAGACUCAUUUACUCAACAUGGACUUUGAGCUUUUUUUUCAUAUGAUGUGGAGAAAAUCAGUUUGUGUGAAUUACAAAUGUAAGCUAAAUUAAUACUCAAAAGAACAUUUGAGCUUUCUUCAGCAACUAGUGAAACAUCGAAGCCAGACUGCGGUGUGUGUGUGUGUGUGUGUGUGUGUGUGUGUGUAUGUGUGUGCAUGUGCGUGUGCGCUCAUGUGAGUGUGUGUGCUGUGUGAAAUCGAGCCUUUUAAGUUUUAAUGCAUUUUAUUAUUUUCUUUAAAAAGGUACCAUCCACUUUCAAAUCUUCAUCUCUGCCAAGCAUGUGACCUAAUAGAUGUGUAUCAUUCUUUAGAUGCAAAACCAAGAUUAAAAAGACUGUUGUUUUUGAA